AUGACGUGCAGCGCCCCUUGCGGCCACCAGUUCUGCUGGCUCUGCCUCGGCCCGUGGGACGAGCACCGGAACAACUACAGCUGCAACCGCUACUCGCAGGAGAAGGCGAAGGGCACGCUCAUCGAGGCGAACGCCCGGCGGAAGCAGGCCAAGGCGUCGCUCGACAGGUACCUGCACUACUACGAGCGCUGGACGGCGAACGGCGCGUCGCGGAAGAAGGCGCGCGAGGACCUGGACGACCUGGUGGAGGGCAACGGGCUGGAUGCAUUUGCUGCGACCAUGGGCGUGCCGUCGUCGAAGCAGAUAGACUUCCUCGGAGACGCGUACGCGCAGAUCGUCGAGUCCCGGCGUGUGCUGCGGUGGACGUACGCGUACGUGUACUUCCUGGAGCAGGAGCGCGACAAGGCCAAGCGCGAUUUCUUCGAGUACCUACAGAGCGAGGCCGAGGCGUCGCUGGAGCGGCUGCACCACUGCGCCGAGCGGGAGAGGGAGGCGCUUUGCGACGCCGCCUCCGCUGCCGCUGCCGCUGCCUCUGCCGCCAAGUUCGCAGAGUACAGGAUCACUCUCGUGAACCUCACGGGGGUGACGCAAAACUACUUUAACCAGCUCGUCAAGGGGUUUGAGACCGGCAUGGCCGAGGUCCUUGUGUAA